AUGACGAAAGCGAAAGCGGAUGGGCAAGACCCGCUGUUAGCCCUUCUUGAUUGGCGCAACACCCCAACAGAGGGUCUAGGAACAUCACCCGUACAGAGACUGAUGGGACGCCGCACACGCACUUUCUUACCAACCCAUGAAACGCUCCUGCGGCAGCCAUCACACCAGGAAACAGCCACCAAAUUAGCUGAGCGCAAGAAAAGACAAGCUCAACAAUACAACAAAAAGUUUCGCCCUUUAGAGGCACUAAAGUGUGGACAGGCCAUCAGGAUGCGGCUUCCCGGAAGGGAGGAAUGGAGUCUGGGGACCUGCAUGAAAGCCUUGGGGAACAGGUCUUAUGAAGUUGAAGUUUGCGGCAGGCGAUACCGACGCAACCGUCGGCAACUGCGCCUGACCCCGGAAACAGCACCACCUAUGAGUCUGGUAGAACUAACUCCGCCCGAGUCUACCCUCAAACCGGCGCCAAAUCUGACAGAGCCAGGACCUCCUCCACCGGAGUUCCAUGGCGAGACCAAAACAGAGAGAAUGCCACCUGAAAAUGAGAUGGGAACUGAGCUUGAGCCACAAAGGAUUGAAACUCGUCGAUCAGAACGCAGACGUCGACCGCCUUUGUGGCAUCAGGAUUACCAUAUGAACUGA